GCCGUUCAUUAGGCUCGGAGACUUUUGUGCUAACCAAUCGAUAUUCUCAUAAUUGAAGAGGCGAACAAGGAAAAUAGUUGAUUUCUCGAAAUUGAACGAAAGAAAAAUUGAAUUUGAUUUCAUUUGAAAACAAGCAGAAAAUCAUGCGAAUGCCAAAUUUGUUUCGUUUUGACUGGAAAACGGGAGGAAUAGUAAUCGGUGUGUUGAGUUUGAUAUGUUCAUUUCCGGUAUCUGCAUCUGGAGAUGUGUCAGUGUCUCUGCACUUUCUAAUCGUGUCGGGUUGUCUUCUUUACGGGAUUUAUAAGGAAAAAUCCGAAUUUUUGAUCCCAUAUUUGGUCGAGCUCGUCAUCAUUCUAAUUCAAUGUGUAAUUUCGAUUGUAAACUUCAUCUUACUAAAACCGUAUGACGAGCGCAAUUUCGAGGAUGAUGUGGUCACCGAUUUCUUUUAUGAGAACCCAAAGCAUUUUACAGCCGAAGAAAAGCGAUUUAUGUUGGGUGCGCUCGGAAUUACGUCAGUAGUAAUUAUCUUUUUCUGGGCUGUGAUAUUGGCAUUGUAUCGACGUAUGCGUUAUGUUCCGGAAUUGAGCAACGGCAUGGUCAACGUUGAAAAUGGUAUCGAGGGAAAAAUUUGUGCAUAAUCGAUAUGAUAUUGAUUUUUAAAUCAUAUUCCGCCUAACAUUGUUAUUUCUAGCUUCAAACAAUAAUUGAGCAUUUUUACACACAAACAUUUCAAAUGUGAUAAAA